AUGUCUACAAUUAUUAUUGAUCCUGAUCGAGUUCAAUAUUAUGUCUGCCUUCUUCUUAGUGGCAUAUACUUACAGCAAAGUGAAUGCGGGAAGGCUAAACAAUUAGCAGAAAAAGCGCGAGAAAUAGGCGAGAAGCUAAAGGAUGAAAUAAUGAUCGCUGAAAGUUUUCAUAGAUAUGGUGACAUUAAGCAAGUGGAAGGACAUCUAAAUGAAGCAUUGAAUAGUUAUAUAAAAUCGGUUAAUAUAAAAUUAGGGCAUGUAGAUGAAUGUAAUACGAGUAUCGCUAAUUCGUAUAAAGAGAUAGGAAUCAUUCACUGUAGUCAAUGUAAUUAUAAAGAGGCUAUUUCGAUGCUUGAAAAAUCACUCGAAAUUAGAUUGUCAAUCCAUGAUCGCAAUCAUCCCGAUGUUGCCGCAUCAUACAGCAAUCUAGCAAAUGUGUAUUUAGAUCAAGGCAAGCAUGAAGAAGCUAUUUCUAUGUAUGAGAAGUCUCUUAAAAUUGCAUUGUCAGUCUUUGGUCAUAAUCAUCUCGAUGUUGCCAAAUCAUAUAAUAAUCUAGGAAAUGUGUAUUUGGAUCAAGGUAAGCAUGAAGAAGCCAUUUCUAUGUAUCAGAAAUCUCUCAAAAUUACUUUAUCAGUCUUUAGUCAUAAUCACCCCGAUCUUGCCAAAUCAUAUAAUAAUAUGGGAGCUGCAUAUAGACAUCAAGGCAAGUAUGAACAAGCUAUUUCCAUGUAUGAGAAGUCUCUCAAAAUUAUAUUGUUAGUCUUUGGUAAUAAUCAUCCCGAUGCUGCUAAAUCAUAUAACAACAUGGCAGUUGUAUAUUUUAAUCAAGGUAAGAAUAAAGAGGCAAUUUCUAUGUAUAAUAAGUCUCUCAAAAUUACAUUAUCAGUUUUUGGUCAUAAUCAUCCCGAUGUUGCUGCGUCAUAUAACAACAUGGGAGUUGCACACAGACAUCAAGGCAAGUAUGAAGAGGCUAUUUCUAUGCAUGAAAAGUCUCUCGAAAUUCAAUUGUCAGUUUUGGGUCAUAGUCAUCCCGAUGUUGCCAAAUCAUAUAACAACAUAGGAGCUGCAUAUUUUAAUCUAGGCAAACAUGACAAAGCCAUUUCUAUGUAUGAAAAGUCUCUUGAAAUUCAAUUGUCUGUCUUUGGUCAUAAUCACCCUGAUGUUGCUGCAUCAUGUAACAACAUGGGAGUUGUAUACAGUAAUCAAAGCAAGUAUGAAGAGGCUAUUUUUAUGUAUAAGAAAUCUCUUAGAAUUACUUUAUCAUUUUUUGGUCAUAAUCAUUCCGAUGUUGCUAGAUCAUAUAACAACAUAGGAGCUGCAUGUUUCAAUCAAGGCAAAUAUGAAGAAGCUAUUUCUAUGUAUGAGAAGUCACUUAAAAUUCAAUUGUCAGUCUUUGGUUAUAGUCAUUCCAGUGUUGCUCAAUCAUAUAACAAUAUAGGAUCUACAUAUUUUAAUCUAGGCAAACAUGAAGAGGCUAUUUCUAUGCUUGAAAAGUCACUUAAAAUUCAAUUGUCAGUCUUUGGCCAUAAUCAUCCUGAUGUUGCCAAAUCAUAUAACGAUUUAGGAAGUGUGUAUUUAGAUCUAGGCAAAUAUGAAGAGGCUAUUUCUAUUUAUGAGAAGUCGCUCAGAAUUCACUUUUCAGUCUUUGAUCACAAUCAUUCCGAUAUUGCUACAUCAUAUAACAAUAUGGGGGAGGUCUAUAAACAUCAAGGCAAGCACGAAGAGGCUAUUUCUAUGUAUAAGAAGUCACUCAAAAUUCAAUUGUCAGUUUAUGGCUAUAAUCAUCCCAGUGUUGCUACAUCAUAUAACAACAUGGGAGCUGCAUAUUCUAACCAAGGCAAGCAUGAAGAAGCUAUUUCUAUGUGUGAGAAAUCACUCAAAAUUAGAUUGUCAGUCCUUGAUCGUAAUCACCCUGAUGUCGCUGCAUCAUAUAACAACCUAGGAAAUGUAUAUUUAGAUCAAGGUAAGUAUGAAGAGGCUAUUUAUUUGUAUAAGAAGUCUCUUGAAAUUAGAUUAUCAGCCUUUGGUCAUAAUCAUCGCGAUGUUGCUGCGUCAUAUAACAAUCUAGGAAUUGUGUAUGGUAAUCAAGGCAAACAUGAAGAGGCUGUUUAUAUGUAUGAGAAGUCUCUCAAAAUCAGAUUAUUAGUCUUUGGUAGUAAUCAUCCCAACGUUGCUACAUCAUAUAACAACAUAGGAGAGGCAUAUAGACAUCAAGGCAAGGAUGAAGAGGCUAUUUCUAUGCAUGAGAAGUCACUCAAAAUUCAAUUAUCGCUUUUUGGCCAUAAUCAUCCCAAUGUUUCUACAUCAUACAACAACAUUGGAACAGUAUAUAAUAAUCAAGGAAAGCAUAAAGAGGCUAUUUCUAUGUAUGAGAAGUCUCUGAAUAUUCAAUUGUCAGUUUUUGGUCAUAAUCAUCCUGAUGUUGCUACAUCAUAUAGCAAUCUAGGAAAUGUGUAUUUAGAUCAAGGCAAGCAUGAAGAGGCUAUUUCUAUCUAUGAGAAGUCUCUCAAAAUCAGAUUGUUAGUUUUUGGUCAUAAUCACUUCGAUGUUGCCAAAUCAUAUAACAACUUGGGAGCUGCAUAUGGACAUCAAGACAAGCAUGAAGAGGCUAUUUCUAUGUAUAAGGAAUCACUCAAAAUUCAAUUAUCAGUCUUUGGUCAUAACCAUCCCGAUGUUGCUACAUCAUAUAACAACAUAGGAGAGGUAUAUAGACAUCAAAGCAAGCACGAUGAGGCUAUUUAUAUAUAUGAGAAGUCUCUCAAAAUUAGAUUAUCAGUCUUUGGUUAUGAUCAUCCUGAUGUUGCCAAAUCAUAUAAUAAUAUGGGAGCUGCUUACUUAAAUCAAGGUAAACAUGAAGAGGCUACUUCUAUGUAUAAGAAGUCACUUAAAAUUACAUUGCGAAUCUUUAGCCGUAAUCAUCCUGAUGUUGCCAAAUUAUAUAGCAAUCUAGGAGAUCUGUAUGAUAAACAAGGCAAGCAUAAAGAGAGUAUUUCUAUGUAUGAGAAAUCUCUCAAAAUUACAUUGUUAGUCUUUGGUUCCAAGCAUCCCGAUGUUGCCAAAUCAUAUAACAAUCUAGGAAGUGUGUAUGAUAAUCAAGGCAAGUAUGAAGAAGCUAUUUCUAUGUAUGAGAAAUCUCUCAAAAUAACAUUGUUAGUCUUCGGCCUUAAUCAUUCGGAUGUUGCCAAAUCAUAUAACAACCUGGGAGCUGCAUAUAGACAUCAAGGCAAGCAUGAAGAGGCUAUUUCUAUGUAUGAGAAGUCACUAAAAAUUAUAUUGUCAGUCUUUGACUGCAAUCAUCUCGACGUUGCAGUAUUAUACAACAAUCUGGGAAUUUUGUACUUAGAUCAAGGCAAGUAUGAAGAAGCUAUUCAUAUGUACGAGAAGUCUCUCAAAAUUAGAUUGUUAGCCCUUGAUCAUAAUCAUCCCGAUAUUGCUAAUUCGUAUAAUAACAUAGGAGAGGCAUAUAGACAUCAAGGCAAGCAUAAAGAGGCUAUUUCUAUGCAUGAGAAGUCACUCAAAAUUCAGUUAUUAGUCUUUGAUCAUAAUCAUCCCGAUAUUGCUGCAUCGUACAACUAUAUAGGAGAGGCAUAUAGACAUCAAGACAAGCAUAAAGAGGCUAUUUCUAUGUAUGAGAAGUCACUCAAAAUUAAAUUGUCGCUCAUUGAUCACUAUCAUCCCGAUGAUGCUGCGUCGUACACAAUUUAUAAAAUAUGUAUUUAG